GACAGCAGACAGAUCCAAUUUAAGGGGAGACUCCUCACUAAUAGACCCAAUCAUAGUUCCUCCUCUUCCUCCUCCUCAUCUGGUGGAAAGAGAAGAAGAUCAUCAAGUAAGACAUCAUCACUGCAAGAUUCUUCUUCAGUCUCAGAAAGAGAGAGGCAGACAUCCACUCCACCGGGAAGACCCUCCCCCUCUUCCUCCUCGUCCACCACCCCGGUCUCUUCCCCCAACAAGAGAUCUCUCCAGGUUGAAGCUGGAGGGUCUAGCAAUACCACUCAGAUUGCUCCCGACUGGCCGUGGAGCCGACUCAGCGAUACAGACAGACUCAGAAGGGUUAAAUUUCUAGCCGAGAGAGCAAUCAAGAAGAAGAAGGUGUUUGUGUGCAGAGGUGGCUACAGCACAAUCAGAAAGUGUCUGAGAGAGAGAGGCUGGGUGGAGAGAGAUCACAAGACCGAGACCGAGUCACCUUACCUGGCAAUGAGAGCUGUCGGUAGGAGAACAAAGAGUGGCGGAGAGGGUGUGGCUGGUGGGCGUGGCAGAUCACGUGACUCCAGCCACACCCACCACUGUGACAGUGACAGUAGUGACAACGUGAGGUGGUUGAGAGGGAGAAGUGUGCAGGUGUGGAAGGUGCUGAUGUGACAUGGGGGAGCAAGAGUACCACAUGGUGUGUCGUGCGGUGAGGAACGCUGACCCAAACUUUGUCUGGACUCUGAGAAGAGAUGAUUCUCUCUACACCAACCUCCUCCCCUCGGCCUUUGCCAACCACUUCGCCAAAGCCUCUUCCUUCACCACCAAGGUGGGACUGUGUGCCAACCUGAGGAACCUGGUGUGGUGUGGGGAGACGCACUCUGACCUCUUCUUCCCUCGCUGCUUCCUCCUCAGUUCUCCCGAAGAGAAGGAUUCUUUCAUCAAUGACUAUAGAUUCGCGACAGCUCUCAACAUUCUGAAACUAGUGACCGACCAACAAUGGGGCAGGUUCCAAUCUCAGCACAACACAUUAUCGCCUCACCUCCCACCCCCAGUACCACGACUCCGCACACGGCUCAAAACACACGCCACAACAGACCGGUCAGUGUUUCCAGGGGGUCUUCCGUGAAUAUUGGACUCCACGGCCCCCCGUGUGAGCCCCCCGUGGUCCCAGAAGAAGCAGUCGGUUUGGCGCUCCGUGCCUGCUCUGCCUAUGUUAGCUCCAGACUGCAUGAGGAUAUUGAGGAAGAGAGCAAGUGUCUUGAGCUGGCCGGGACAGAAUGGCAAAGUCUAAUCAACUACUACUACAAGAUAGUCCUAGAGGGCGGGAGGUUUGCCUGCAGUACACUAACAGUUAGGAAGGCCUCUGACAUGCUGGAUGAGUUGGAGAAGUACUUGCCUCAACUGUACAUGGAUGGAGUACGUAAUAUCUGGAUCGUCAAGCCAGGGGCAAUGUCCAGGGGGAGAGGUUAGCUAACUUACAAACCAGCUCACACCUCCAUUGUAGUAAGUCAUCAAUGAUCGUAGAAUGCUAUGCAUUAGG